GUUAUGGGACCUUGAAUUAUGCACACUAAUCAUUAAAGCCCCCUCCCCUUAUUUGCAUAAAUGUUGAGAUUUCAGUUUGAUGCAUAAAGUUCAUAUUAUUUUAUUAAAUUCUCUACAAGAUUAUGUAUAGUUUUAUAUUUGUAAAGUAAUUACCUUAAUUAUUAUAAAAAUGUUUUGCAAAGAAAGUUUCAGUGUUUGUGAAAAGGACUCCAUCUUCUUGGCACUAAAUGUUCAAAAAAACUCAGUCUCAAGAAGGUUAAAACAGAUAAGUGUACUCAAUUUUAAGUUCAUUAAAAUAGUGAGGAUCAAUUUUCUGUUUCAUAACAAUUAAUUGGCCAUUGUUUUUUUAAGCUAAUAUUGUUACUCAUUGCAUAAGAUGGAUUUGACUCUCCUGUUUAAGUUUCAGAUGAUGCUAUUUUUUAAAACUGUUCACCAAUAGUUUUAUGUACCAUAAACUUUAGCUUAGAUUGACGUUUGUGAGUAAAAGGCAUUUAAUUAGUGAUCUUCAUUUCAAAAAAAUAAAUAUAUUUAAUUAUAAAGGUUAAUGUUAUUCAAUUUUUGGGGUUUAUAAAUAUGCUUCUUUUACCAACUUGUUGAGAGAUGUGGAUCCAAAUCUAUAAAUUCCCUUACACUUUUACCAGAUUAGUGAAAGAGGUUAAACCUAUUAAAUAAAUACCCAUGCAAGAUUUAUAGAUACCAUAUUUUUAAAGAAUCUCUAAAGCUACCAAAGUGGAUUUUGUUUUUUUCCAAGCUCACUAAAGCUCCAACCACAUCCUGGAGGAGGACAUUGUUUGAAUGCAAUUAGGAUUGUUCUUUCAUUUGAAUACGCUUUAAAAAUGUAUGGAAUGAUUAGUGUUUUGUCACAAAAUUAUUAUAGUAGAUUGUCAUUAGAACUCUCUAAACGUUGAGCUGAUUUGUGCUUACUUUGUAUUUUAAUGACCUGUUUCUUUCUAUUAAACUGUUAUUAGCCUUGGAGGAAUUUCAUCAUUUUCUUUUUUAUGGUAUUUAUUAUAUUGCUUAGCUGUAAACUGGUAAAUAUUAUCAUGCCUGUAAUAUUCUGUGUUGUAAUUUUUUUUUUGUUAAUGUAUUUUUAAAUUUCAAUAUGGACAUUCUAAUAACUAAGAGAUGAACAUUUGUUGAGAUGAAUCCCACAACAGAUAAAUCUAUUGAGAUAUAAUAACCUUGCUGAACAAAAUGCAAUAAAAUAUUUACAUAUUUUUAAGUUCCUUUUGCCGAAAGUGUACUAAGCUUUUUUCAUUUCUUAAUGUGCGGGUGGUGGGGUUUUUCAGUCAUUCAAUACACCAUAAAUAUAGAAAUAAAAUGUGUUUUAUGCUAUUCCUUUAUAAUUAGGCUAAAUAACUAUUUCAUUUAAACGGAAGUGAAUGUAUAUUGAAUGGAAGAGCUUUUGAUGUUUGGGGAUAUGCUGGUAGAUCAAGAUUAUUUUUUUUCUUCUUGUUUUAUGAAAGUCUUGUCAUACAUUUUUAUCAAAAUAAAAUUUUAUCAAAUAAUGGUACAGAUGUUUUAUGACUUAAUAAAUAUUUCUGAAACUUUGCAUAAUUCAUUAUUUUUACAAAUUAUUUUUUGUGCAUGUUCACAUUACUAAAUAACUGGUUUAUAAUAACAACUCAUGGUGUACUUUAUAGGUGGUACUUACUCAGUUUGAAAGAUGGGAAACGUGUUUGCACAGUUGUUUCGAGGUCUGUUUGGAAGAGCAGAGAUGAGGAUUUUGAUGGUUGGUCUUGAUGCUGCAGGAAAAACAACAAUUCUUUACAAAUUAAAGCUGGGUGAAAUUGUCACGACUAUCCCUACAAUUGGUAAGUAGAUCAUUUUAAUCAUAUAUUUACAUGUUUAUUUCUUGACUUGAAAUAAAUUAAGAAAGUGAAUAUGAUCAAAAUAUUACACAUAAAAAUAAAUGUAUUUUAAAAAAAAAACUUUUAAAUCAAGACAGGUCAUUUCCAAUUGCAUUUGUAAUGGAUGCAUAUUUUUGCUAAAGGAAAGUAUUGAUUUAAUCUUUAAAUUUUUUUUACCAUUUAUUUUCAAGGGUUUAAUGUGGAAACGGUGGAAUACAAAAACAUAAGCUUUACGGUGUGGGAUGUUGGAGGGCAGGAUAAAAUUCGACCUUUAUGGAGACAUUAUUUCCAGAACACACAGGGUAAGUUUGAGUAAAAGGUGUUAUUGAAACUAUUUCUUAUUAGAUGAUUGAUUACACUUGAUAAAGUGAUACAAAUAUUUUCAAACAAAUUAAAUGAUGUAGUAUUCAAACAACUAAGCUUUUAUUCUUUUGUACAAAUGACAAUAUUUUUUGUCUCUGUCAACAGGGCUUAUUUUUGUCAUAGACAGCAAUGAUAGGGAAAGAGUUGGUGAAGCAAGGGAAGAAUUGAUGAGGAUGUUAAAUGAAGAUGAGCUCAGGGAUGCCAUUCUAUUGGUCUUUGCCAACAAACAAGUUAGUUUAUUUGUUUUCUAAAUGAUAGUUGAUUCUAUGCAUGCAAUGAGAGAAGUACGAGGGCUCCAGUUGCGACUAAAUAUAGCAAUGAAAUCUAUAGGCUUUUGGUGAUAGCCUGAUUAUGCGUGAUUUCAAUUUGAAAACCUGAUAUUUAUUUACUUUCAGUCUAUAUUUGCCCAAAGUAUUGUGCGUCUAUGUUUUUAGCAUGUGUUCUUCUGAGUGCCAAAAUUCAAUUGUUGAUCAUUGCUCAUUAUCUUAACUAUUCUGCAAAUACAUGAGGCUAAAGAAAAAAAAACAAGUGCUUUUACAGCUCUGUGAAUCAAAGUUUGUUUUAACUCAUUCCCUCCUGCAAUGCUACUUCCGUAUUUAAUUUAUUUGCCUGAGAAAGGGAAGUAACUCCGUCUUGCAAUUGAUUUACAUUUGUAAAAUAUUUAUUUAAGCUGCUAAAUAUUAUUUAAUGUUAACAAAUUAAGAACAAAUGCAUCAAAGAAUGAAUAAGGUUUAAUAUAAAUAUAACAUUAGCGGGGGGAAAAUAACGAACAAUGGCCAAAAAAUUGAUUUUCGUCACCUCAGACGAACACAUGCUAAAUAUAGACGCGCCGUACUAAAGCACACGUAGUUUUAAAGUGAAACAAGAUAAAAACUUGUGGUUUUUAAAUUAAAAUCACGCUGAACCACGCCAUCGCCGGAAGUCUCGAGGGAUGCGAGAUUUCAUUGCUAUUUUUAAAUAGAUAUGAGAGAGGUGUGUCGCUAUGCGCCGGGACGCAUUUGGACGCAUCCGGCGAAACCCGUAAAGGGCGCAAUUUUCGCAAACUUAGGGAAUGAGUUAAGUUAUACCACCUUUUAAAAAAUUCUAGUAUGUCCAUCUGCUUGUUCAAAUUUGGAUGUUUCAAAGGGUCGUUUGUGUCCGUCCCGUCCCCCCAUUUUAAUGCAUAAAAUUACCUUCACUAAUUUGACCCUAAUUGGCAUAUUUUAGAACUUUGCUCAUUCAGCAUACAGCUUUCUACCUGAUUUGCUCUGCAAAGGGUGUUUUUUUAAACAGAAAUGCAAUUUGUAUUUUAGUUUUAGCUCAAAAUAAAUGUUUAAUACCCGGUAGUUAAAUAUUCCCAGGUAAAAGACUAGGUAGGAAUAGCUUCACUGUCACACUUCACCUACCAAUUUGUUGUUAGAGUUCUCAUUUUCAAUAUCACUAUUAUUAACACUUUCAUUACUACUUUUUGAAGCAUUUAACAUUGAAGCUGGAACCAAACUUUUCUAAAGCAUCUUAUUGUUAAUGCCAUGAUUUUCAAAAAUAUGUAGCUUGCAUGUUUCUCAAUGUAUUUAUUUUCCAUAAAAAGAAGUAGAACUUUUCUACUUUUAAACUAUUGCUGGUUUAACAUUUUAAUUGUAUGGUCCAGUACAUUGUUCAUUUUCUAUAUGUAUAAAGCUAACGAUGGCAAAUGGGGAAAUGUGAAGUAACUGGUUAACCCACUCAUGCUGUUAAUUGCCCUGUCAAAAUUUCCUUUUACUAUAAAGCUUUUUCAAGGGGCCUAGCAACCUAAUUCUGUGAAAAUUCACUACUACUCACACAAAAACAUAACUCUCUUCUUUUGAAGAUAUUCCAAUCUUCUGUUGUUGGAAGUAGAAUUGUCAAUAGUUAGAAUCAGGAUAGCUUUCCUCACUAUGUGAAGUUAACUGACAAGCUUAAAUAUUGCAACUAUUUAAAAGAUCUGUGUAGAAUCUAUUGAAAUCAUGGUAAUUCAGAAAGUUAUAUUGAUUAUCCUAAGGUUAAAGAUUAUUCUAUAUCUGAAUUUUUGUCUGUUAUUUGUUUAUUUACUGUUUCAGUGUUUUAUUAGUACCGGUACAAAUUUAAAUGACAAAUCCAGAAAGUUUGAGAAAGUGUGAAAUUAAAUACAAUUCUCUGUUAGUUGGCACAAAGUGUACAAUCAUUUAAUUGUUAAAUAUAGUUUGAAUUUUGUUCAUUAUAAUCAUUUAACUUUCACUCUGUUUCUUAGGAUUUGCCCAAUGCAAUGAAUGCUGCAGAAAUUACAGACAAACUUGGUCUACAUUCACUCCGUAACAGACAGUGGUUUAUCCAAGCAACAUGCGCCACUAGUGGAGAUGGUCUCUAUGAAGGUCUAGAUUGGCUCUCCAACACACUCAAAAAGAAACCUUAAUAUGUGCAUACUGUAGACACUAUCCCUUUCAUUCAUUAUUGAUUUUUGUAAUGAUCUGUCAAUAAGAAAUUUGACAAUCUAGAGUGGACAGUAUAUUUUUUAACAUAAAUUACCAGAAUUAAAGACAGAUUGUUUGUGAAAAGAAAUCAAAUUGAUGUUGUUUGAGGUCAAUUGAUAGGUUUUAUUUUAUCCACCAAGCCCAUUUUUUUCCUUGUACAUUUGAGUUUAUUAAUUGACAAAUUAAAGCUUCUGGUUUUAACACAAAUGUUUUGUAAAGAUUCAGCAUUACUGUCUGCCCUCAAAAAAACGUACAACAGUGGUGAGUUAAUAAAUAACUUUGCAUGUAUAAAGGAAGAAACACCACAAUUAACUUUUUGCAUUACUUUUCCCUUUCAAAGAAAAGUAAGCUGUUGUAAUUUUUUCAAUGACAGUAAUGGGCGUGUGAUAUGUGUUUUUUUCAGCUAUCUGAAAGGUUGCUUUUGGGUGGCAUUUGUAAGCAUGAAGAGAAAAGUUGUUUUGUUUUUUUUUAAAUUAUCAUUUUACAUGUAUACAAUGCGAUAAUGGGAUAAACAAAUGGUUUAUGUUCAUAUUCUCAUCUAUUCUAUGUCUGUUAGUUUAUUGUCGUGGGACAAAAAUUCAUUGGUUACAACUGAGUCGGAGUGCUAGAAACUUUAUGGUUGUUGGAGCAGAGUUGAAUGCUGAGCAGGGGGAAAAAACUUGCUGUAACUAUGUAAAAUUUUGGGGCCCCAUCUUGAAAUGUUAACCUACAGUCAUUUUUAAAAAAGAAUAAAACAAUUUCCUCUAACAAUACUAAUCUUAUUUCAAACCUUGUAAUUAUUUGUACUGAGAAUGAAUGUUUAUAAUAUUACAAUAUUUGUAACAGCACAGCUUUGAUCAAAUCCUUUUACGUCAUUUAAACAAAUCUGGGAGUUAAAUUUUAAAAUCUAAAGGCCAAUUAAUUUAAAUGGACGCAUAUAAACUUCCUUCCUAUAUCAGCAACAUUUAUGCACAUUCCAAUUUUUUUUUAAAGGUGCCCGCAUGUUAAUUUUGUUGGGGAAUUUAAUCCUUUGAGAUGCUGGUUUCAUUUCGUUUGAAUAGCUUGUAGGACAAACUGCUUUGUUUUUCAUUAGUCUUUUUUGCUUUGUUUUUGUAACUAAAGUGGUCGUGAGAAAAAGAGAUUUGAACUUCCUUUGUGUGUAUUUAUUAAACAUGCCAUCAUUAUUAUUUUUUUGUAUGAAUGAAAUAAAAAGUCAGUACUUCACUUUU